AACUAUUUUUAAAGAUGACAUGUCUUUGAGAAUGUUUUGUUCUUCACUAGGUGUUUAUAAUGAAAACAAAACCUUGUGUGGCUCUUAUAGUGUCAAUAGAGCAUCUCUUUGUUUUAUGUCUCAUGCCUAAAGUGCCUCUUUCCACUAUUAUCUUGAGCUACUCCUAAAAGAAGACAUUAUACAAAGAGACAGUUUAGGUGGAAUAAAUACUGGGAUUUUCAUGCAGCUUGAAAUGGCCAUUGCUUUGUCACAAAGGGAAAGAGACUUUAUCAAUUAGCAGAGAAGGAAGCACCUGUGAUCUUUAACUACUGGAAGUAUUUAUUUCUGCAAAUAUGCAUUCAUAUCUUGCCUCAUAUUUGCCUGAUUAGGAUGAUUCUUCCCCCGACUCAGAAAUCUGGAUUCAGUUAAGUUCUCUGCCCAUGUAUGGUACUCUGUUAAGAACUUCAGGGCCUCAAGUGGAGGAAAUCGCAGAGGUUUCUAAUUUCACGAUGGAAGACAUCAACCACAAGAAAAUUAGGUACUCAGCUGUGUUUGAGACCGAUGAUCACCUGAUUACCGAUAGCUUCCAUUUCUCUGUGUCUGAUAUGGACCACAACCGCCUGGACAAUCAGAUGUUUACCAUCAUGAUCACUCCUGUCAGGAAUCCACCACCAGUCAUUGCUUUUGCUGACCUUAUCACGGUUGAAGAGGGAGGGAGAGCCCCACUCUCCUUUCACCAUUUCUUUGCUGCUGAUGACCAUGACAACCUCCAGGGAGAUGCCAUCAUUAGACUAAGUGCUCUGCCCAAGUAUGGCUGCAUCGAGAACACAGGAACAGGUGAUCGUUUUGGCCCUGGAACUACCAGUGACCUAGAAGCAUCGUUCCCUAUACAACAUAUCCUGGAAAACUAUAUUUACUACUUUCAGAGUGUUCAUGAAAGCAUUGAGCCGACCCAUGACAUUUUUAGUUUUUAUGUAAGUGAUGGAAACAGUCGUUCAGAAAUCCACAGCAUCAAUAUCACCAUCGAGAGGAAGAAUGAUGAGCCUCCCAAGAUGAGCCUGUGGCCCCUCCGUGUGCAGCUGAGCUCAGGAGUGGUGAUAAGCAAUUCUUCUUUGAGUCUGCAAGACCUGGACACUCCAGAUAAUGAACUGAUUUUUGUAUUGACAAAGGAACCUGACCACGGUCAUCUACUCCAGAGGAAAAGUGCUUCUGAGCCUUUGGAGAAUGGGAGGAUUUUAGACCAGGGUUCAUCUUUCACCUACCAGGACGUCCUGGGUGGCCUGCUCGGGUACAUGCCUGGCGGUCCUCGUGUGGCAGUGGAUGAGUUCCGUUUCUCCCUCACUGAUGGCCUCCACGUGGACACAGGGAGGAUGGAGAUAUACGUAGAUCUGCCUACGGGUGACACCCCCUACAUGGCUAUUAACCGAGGCCUACAGCUCUCAGCAGGGUCUGUAGCACGCAUCACACAACAGCACCUGAAAGUGACAGAUACUGACUCAGAUGACCGUCAGGUGAUGUACAUCAUGAAGGAAGAUCCUGGUGCAGGGCGCCUGCAUAUGGCAAAGCAUGGCGACCGGGAGCGCAUCUCCGUUAAGGGCCCCAUUCGAAGUUUCACCCAGGCUGACAUUCGCCAAGGCCACGUAGAAUACAGCCACAGAAAAGGGGAAUCUGGCGGGAGCUUUGCUUUCAGAUUUGAUGUGGUUGAUGGAGAAGGCAACAAAUUGGUUGGCCAGUCAUUUUCCAUCAGUGUUUCAGAAGACAAAUCCCCACCAGUCAUCACUACCAAUAAGGGGCUGGUCUUGGAUGAAAACUCUGUGAAGAAAAUCACCACCCUACAGCUCUCUGCCACGGACCAGGAGAGUGAGCCUGCAAGACUUACCUACAGCAUCACCAGACAGCCCCACCUGGGCCACCUAGAACAUGCAGCGUCACCGGGUAUCCAGAUUAGUUCCUUUACUCAAGCUGACCUGACUUCACGAAACAUUCAGUAUGUCCACUCCAGUGAGUCUGAGGAACAUUCAGAUGCCUUCAGCUUUACGCUGUCGGAUGGAGUCAAUGAGGUGACUCAGACUUUCCACAUCACUAUUCGCCCUGUGGAUGAUUCGCUGCCCAUUGUGCAGAACUUGGGGAUGCGGGUACAGGAGGGUGUGAGGAAGACCAUCACAGAGUUUGAGCUCAAGGCGGUGGAUGCAGACACAGAGGCUGAGUCUGUCACAUUCACCAUUGUGCAGCCCCCACGCCAUGGCACCAUCGAGCGAACCACCAAUGGGCAGCAUUUCCGGCACACCUCCACCUUUACCAUGGAAGACAUCUACCAGAACCGGGUCAGCUACAGCCAUGAUGGCAGCAACUCCCUCAGAGACUGGUUCACCUUCAUUGUUGCGGAUGGAACAAAUCCUUUCUUUAUUAUUGAGGAAGGAGGGAAACAGAUUAUGACAGCAGCACCUCAGCAGUUCCAAGUAGACAUCCUCCCAGUAGAUGAUGGUACCCCGAGAAUUGUUACCAACCUGGGGCUCCAGUGGCUGGAGUAUAUGGACGGCAAGGCAACCAACUUGAUCACCAAGAAGGAACUGCUGACCAUGGACCCAGACACGGAGGACCUGCAGCUUGUCUAUGAGAUUACCACGGGCCCCAAGCAUGGCUACGUGGAGAACAAGCUGCAGCCUGGCAGAGCUGCUGUGACGUUCACGCAGGAGGAUGUGAACUUGGGGUUGAUUCGCUACGUGUUACAUGAGGAGAAGAUCCAUGAGAUGAUGGAUAGUUUUCAGUUUCUGGUGAAAGACAGUAAACCCAACGUGGUCAGCGACAAUGUCUUCCAUAUCCAGUGGUCCCUCAUCAGCUUUAAAUAUACCAGCUACAAUGUCAGUGAGAAGGGGGGAUCUGUCAGCGUCACAGUGCAGAGGACUGGAAACCUGAACCAGUAUGCCAUCGUCCUGUGUCGCACUGAACAAGGCACCGCCAGCUCCAGCUCCAGGGUCAGCUCCCAACCCGGGCAGCAGGACUACGUGGAAUAUGCUGGCCAGGUUCAGUUUGAUGAGCGAGAGGACACCAAAUCCUGCACCAUUGUCAUCAACGAUGAUGAUGUGUUUGAGAACAUCGAGAGUUUCACCGUGGAGCUCAGCAUGCCAGCAUAUGCCCUACUAGGGGAGUUCACCCAGGCGAAGGUCAUUAUCAAUGACACUGAGGAUGAACCCACAUUAGAGUUUGAUAAGAAGACCUACCGAGUCAACGAGAGUGCUGGUUUUCUCUUUGCACCUAUUGAAAGAAAAGGGGAUUCAAGCAGCAUUGUAUCUGCGAUUUGCUACACCAUCCCUAAGUCCGCAAUGGGAAGUAGCCUCUAUGCUCUGGAGUCAGGCUCGGAUUUUAAAUCUAGAGGAAUGUCUGCUGACAGUCGCGUGAUAUUCGGGCCUGGCAUCACCAUGUCCACCUGUGACGUCAUGCUCAUUGAUGACAGCGAGUAUGAAGAGGAGGAAGAGUUUGAGAUUGCCCUGGCAGAUGCUUCUGCCAAUGCCCGCAUUGGAAGGGUGUCAUCAGCCAAGGUCUUUAUUAGUGGUCCCAACGAUGCCUCCACUGUGUCCCUGGGCAACACGGCUUUCACAGUCAGCGAGGACGCAGGCGCAGUGAAGAUUCCAGUUACCCGCCAUGGGACAGACCUUUCUACCUUCACAUCUGUCUGGUGUGCUACACGGCCCUCGGACCCAGCUUCUGCCACUCCAGGAGUUGACUACGUUCCCAGCUCUAGGAAGGUGGAGUUCGGGCCAGGUAUCACUGAGCAGUAUUGCACCUUGACUAUCUUGGAUGACACUCAGUAUCCAGUCAUUGAAGGACUGGAGACCUUUGUGGUUUUUCUCAGCUCAGCACAAGGGGCCGAACUGACCAAACCCUUCCAGGCUGUCAUUGCAAUUAAUGACACAUUCCAGGAUGUGCCCAGCAUGCAGUUUGCCAAGGAUUUGCUCCUAGUAAAGGAGAAGGAAGGUGUCCUGCAUGUGCCUAUCAUUCGGAGUGGAGACCUGAGCUAUGAGUCAUCAGUGAGGUGCUAUACUCAGGGCCACUCGGCUCGGGUCAUGGAGGACUUUGAGGAGAGGAGAAACACGGACUCUUCACGGAUUACGUUUCUGAAAGGGGAGAAAAUGAAGAACUGUACUGUCUCUAUCCAUGACGACUCCAUGUUUGAGCCUGAGGAACAGUUCAGGGUCUACCUCGGCCAUCCUCUUGGAAACCACUGGAGUGGAGCCAGAGUUGGAAAGAAUAAUAUGGCCACCAUCACCAUAUCCAAUGAUGAAGAUGCCCCCACCAUUGAGUUUGAGGAAGCAGCGUACCAAGUCCGGGAGCCCUCGGGGCCAGAUGCCACGGCCAUUCUGAACAUCAAGGUGAUCCGCAGAGGGGAUCAGAACAGGACGUCCAAGAUCCGCUGCAGCACCCGGGACGGGUCUGCACAGUCUGGUGUGGAUUAUUACCCAAAGAGCCGAGUCUUAAAGUUCAGUCCCGGUGUGGAUCAUAUCUUUUUUAAAGUUGAAAUCCUGUCCAAUGAAGACCGGGAAUGGCAUGAAUCUUUCUCCCUGGUCCUUGGCCCAGAUGACCCAGUAGAAGCAGUUCUUGGUGAUGUGACCACUGCCACAGUGACGAUUCUAGACCAGGAGGCAGCAGGGAGCCUCAUAUUGCCAGCUCCACCCAUCGUUGUCACACUCACCGACUAUGACCAUGUAGAAGAGGUUAACAAGGAAGGUGUCAAGAAGUCCCCCUCCCCAGGCUACCCGCUGGUCUGUGUCACCCCCUGUGACCCUCAUUUCCCCAAGUAUGGCGUCAUGAAGGAGCGCUGCAGUGAAGCUGGCAUCAACCAGACAUCUGUACAGUUCAACUGGGAAGUGGCUGCCCCCACCGAUGGCAAUGGGGCCCGGUCUCCCUUUGAGACUGUCACCGACAAUACACCUUUCACCAGUGUCAACCACAUGGUCCUGGAUAGCAUUUACUUCAGCCGGAGGUUCCAUGUACGUUGUGUGGCAAAGGCUGUGGACAAGGUGGGCCAUGUGGGGACCCCUUUAAGGAGCAACAUUGUUACCAUCGGAACAGACAGUGCUAUCUGUCACACCCCAGUGGUGGCUGGGACAGCCAGAGGCUUUCAGGCUCAAUCCUUCAUCGCUACCUUGAAAUACCUGGACGUCAAACACAAGGAGCAUCCAAACAGAAUCCACAUAUCCGUGCAGAUCCCACACCAGGAUGGAAUGCUGCCCCUUAUCUCCACCAUGCCUUUGCACAACUUGCAUUUUCUGUUAUCUGAGUCCAUCUACAGACACCAGCAUGUCUGCUCUAAUCUUGUCACCACCCGCGAUCUGAGAGGCAUCUCAGAGGCAGGGUUCCUGGAUGACUCAGUCUACGACAGUGCAGCCCUGGGGCCUGGCUAUGACCGCCCCUUCCAGUUUGAUCCCAAUGUGCGGGAGCCCAAGACCAUCCAGCUCUAUAAACACUUGAACCUGAAGAGCUGUGUCUGGACCUUCGAUGCCUAUUACGACAUGACAGAGUUAAUUGACGUCUGUGGGGGGUCAGUCACUGCCGACUUCCAGGUGAGAGACUCUGCUCAGUCGUUCCUGACAGUGCACGUGCCUCUCUAUGUGUCCUACAUCUAUGUGACAGCUCCCCGGGGCUGGGCCUCCUUGGAACACCACACUGAGAUGGAGUUUUCCUUCUUCUACGACACUGUUCUCUGGAGAACAGGAAUCCAGACAGACAGUGUGCUCUCUGCCAGGCUUCAGAUAUUAAGAAUCUAUAUUCGAGAGGAUGGCCGUCUCGUCAUUGAAUUCAAGACCCAUGCCAAAUUCCGAGGACAGUUUGUGAUGGAGCACCACACACUCCCUGAUGUGAAGUCUUUCAUCUUGACUCCAGACCACCUAGGAGGAAUUGAAUUUGGCCUGCAGCUACUGUGGAGUGCUCAGACCUUCGAUUCUCCGUAUCAACUCUGGAGAGCCACAAGCUCUUACAACAGGAAGGACUACUCGGGGGAGUACACCAUCUACCUGAUUCCUUGCACAGUGCAGCCCACACAGCCGUGGGUUGACCCAGGAGAGAAGCCUUUGGCCUGUACUGCGCAUGCCCCAGAAAGAUUCCUGAUACCCAUUGCAUUCCAGCAGACCAACCGCCCCGUGCCCGUUGUGUAUUCACUCAAUACUGAAUUUCAGCUGUGCAAUAAUGAGAAGGUGUUUCUAAUGGAUCCCAACACAUCUGAUAUGUCACUGGCAGAAAUGGAUUACAAAGGAGCCUUCUCAAAAGGUCAAAUCCUUUAUGGCCGAGUGCUUUGGAAUCCAGAACAAAACCUUAAUUCUGCUUACAAACUUCAGCUGGAGAAAGUCUAUCUUUGUACUGGCAAGGAUGGCUAUGUCCCUUUCUUUGAUCCCACUGGGACAAUCUACAAUGAAGGGCCACAGUACGGAUGCAUUCAACCCAACAAACACCUAAAACACAGAUUCCUCCUGCUGGACCGCAGUCAACCAGAGGUAACUGAUAAGUACUUUCAUGACGUGCCCUUUGAGGCCCACUUUGCAUCUGAGCUGCCUGAUUUCCAUAUGGUCAGUAGCAUGCCAGGUGUGGAUGGAUUCACUCUGAAAGUGGAUGCACUCUAUAAGGUGGAAGCAGGACACCAGUGGUAUCUCCAGGUGAUCUACAUCAUCAGCCCUGACACCGUCUCAGGGCCCCGGGUCCAGCGCUCUCUCACAGCCUCUCUGCGGCGCCACCGAAGGGACCUGGUAGACCCUAGCGGUCAGCUGACCCUUGACGAUUCCCUCAUCUAUGACAACGAAGGGGACCAAGUCAAGAACGGCACCAAUAUGAAGUCCCUGAACCUAGAGAUUCAAGAGCCCAUUGUCGCUGCUUCUCUGUCCCAAACUGGGGCAUCUAUUGGCAGUGCGCUAGCUGCUAUCAUGCUUCUCCUUCUGGUGUUUUUGGCGGCUUGUUUUAUCACCAGGAAGUGCCGGAAACACAGGAAAAAGCCGCCCACAGAGGACAUUUUGGAGGAAUACCCUCUGAAUACCAAGGUGAACAUGUCUAAGCGGAGCUCGGACAGGGUGGAGAAGAACGUGAACAGACAGUACUGCACGGUGCGGAAUGUGAACAUACUGAGUGACAACGACGGGGCUUAUGCAUUCAAAGGUGCUAAAGUAAAAAAAUUGAAUCUGGAAGUCAGAGUUCACAACAAUUUACAGGACGGGACAGAAGUUUAAUGGAGGACACCCAUGUGUAUUUUUUUCUAAAAUCAUUUUUAUAAAACAGGGGGAAAUACUGGUAUUUUUAUAAUAAUCUUGCAAAUUAAAAAGGGAAAACUGUAGCUUUAAGCGGUGGAAGGCACACAUCACAUGCAUCAACUCACAACUGAGCUACCUCAUUAAACACAACCACUGAGGACCCCAGGUUAUUGGAAUAGUUCUUUCUGUGGAUCCCUUUAAUAGUCUCAGCAGCUACGAUUGCUCCUUAUGCAAGGCUGAUCUAAGAAAGCCGUGUUUUACCAUUAGGACAGGAGUUAGACAAUGAGGUUAGCCAAUGGAGUUCAGAGGACUGCGGAAUGCACAGUGGCAGAUCUCAGGGGGGGUUGUGGUUCAGGGCCUUUGGUUUCCUCCCCCACCUCAGCUUUCUUCUGCUUGGGCUUUUUCCUGGGCCUCUGGGCAGCAGAGUUCAAAUUGCUGACACCCAGAUUCCAUUCAAAAUUCUGCUAAUCAGCACAACAGAUAUGUUUGCUCAUUGUAUCCACUUGACAACCUGCACGCCAUGACCUCUAACUAUACUUUGCUUUUCCAGAGUCCUUUUUACCUAGGGGUUCAAAGUGCUCUAGACCAGAGCACUUCUUCAUAACUCAUGGGAGAAACCUUGGGUCUCUCCUGUCAGACAUCAGGCAUCAGACAUCAGGCAGAGCAGAACACCCCUUAAGGAGGGAGAGACUGAAACCUGGGGAAAGAGGGGGCCUGGCAAGCACCUCAGAGCACAUUGGUGAUGUAUUGCCCCCAGGCCCAGGGAGAGGUCCUUCUGCCUGGCUAGUUUAUGCUGCACCAAGGACUUGUGAAGACAUCCUCCCUGUGGAAGGAUACUACAAAACAAGAUCAGUGCACCGUGGCCUUCUUAUGAGACAUUGCCAUGGAGGCUUAAAACACCUACAACACUUCCUGCUACCCCAGGCUUUGCCCAGUCCUAUAAAAGACAAGCCUGUGUACUUUGCUAGCUGUAGGGCUUUUAUUUUUUUAGGGCUUCAGGAAACUAAGUGAUUCAUUUGAAUAAAUCAAAUUAGGAGAAAGCCCAGUCCAGAGUGAAAUCAGUUAAUCGGUGCCUACUAUUACUCACAGCAGAUAAAAUAUUGGUAUUCACCAAUAUUCAGCAGACAAAGUAUUAGUGCUCACAGAAGAUAAAAGCACGCUUCCUGGUACCAUAUUUCAGGGAUUUCUCAUUUAAAGGGGGUUCUUUUCUGGUAGCUCAGGCACUUAUUUUACCAUAUUAGCACAUGACAAGGCCAUAAACAUAUGGCUUUAAAAUGUCUUAGUGUUCAAAUAGCAGCUUAACGAUUUUGCACGUAGUGUGCACACAGCUUGCUUUUGUGUUUCUUUUUGGUCCCUGCCUUACCGGCAAAAACAUUAGCAUGCAUGUCAUGUUGUUUUGAAAUGGAGGCACAAUUCCAUUGUUCAGGAGUAAAAGACACGUUCUCUUCCCGAUGCAUGGCACACCAUAAUCGCCGAACAAAUAACAGCGCACUGACAUUGUGUAAUAUUUGUAUUAGAAUGACCCAAGCUCUUUGAGAACAUUCCAAACUGGAAGCACUUUGGUACUAAAAACUAUACAGAAUGAACUGCGAAGGGUUUUAAGCAUCUCUCCCAGACUCCAAACUCCUUGAGAACAGGACCUGUGUGAGCCAUGCCUUUGAUUAUUCAGCAGUGCCUUGCACAUAAUAAACACUCCAGAAAUAUUUGUUGAGUGAACAAAUGACUGGUGUCAUGGGUGAGUGAUAGAGGAAUAAAUUUAGGAAGGGAGUUGAGAGCAAUAUCACAAGUUCAAGUAAAGAAAAAAAAUAAAAACUGUCUUCUACUGGAUUAUGCAAUAAUACUCUUCUUCUCAUUGGAACAAAGAACACCAAUUUACACAGGCAUGACUCUGGUAGUGGUCUUAAAGAGAACAGAAAAGUCCUAACAAUGCAUUAGGAGGAGAGGAGACUGUAACUCGGUCUCUAGAGCAGGACAUUUAGAGGAAUGCCUGACUUAGCAUUCUGAGAUGAGUAUAAAGUUUCCAGGAGAGGAUGAAUUGGGGGAGCCCAGAACCAGAAACUCCUGACUGGUCAGGGGGUACUUGAGACUAGCUCGGGCAAUUCGGAGCAGAACUGUAUCAGCCUCACAAACAUCCAGAAUUGGUGUCUCAUGGCUGGAGAGCUCACCAGUGGGCAUGGAAUCUUCUCCAGAAAAACCUAGAAAGUUAAUGCUAAUUGUACAAGGACAGGAAGCCAGUCAUUUGUGGAGCAACUUUUGAUUUGGCCCAUUAUUUGUAACUGCUUCCAGUGCCAGAAUGCCUAUACAUUAAAGCAGCACUUUUCCAUUUGUUCAAAUAUUCUUCUCACAUACCCCUUCCAUUACUACAGAACUGGACAGAUACACGGGAAGAGCACAGAUAGAGCAGAAUGAAGCUCGUGUGGGAAGCAAUGGAGACAGAUCUCCGAGUGCUCCUAGCAGCCUCUUUGUAGGUCUGGCAGGACAAGACAGCUUCCUGUGGGGACCCGGAGACAGAAAACUAUCUGUUAGAAAGGCAAGCCCUUGGAAUAUUCCUGCCGCCCUUCCUCUCUGCCCUACCUCCCCCCCCCCAUGACAUACACACCAUUGAAUGUGGUAUUUCUCUAGUAGAUGCACACUUAUUACACAGAAAGUUUAAGAGAUACAAAGUUGAGAUUGACUGCUUUGAGACACACUUUUUCAUUUUGUUGUGUUUUAUACUUCGUGUGAGGAAUCAGAUCCUUUGGUGACUGAUGUGGGAUUAUAUUUCAGUCAAAACUCUGCUUUCAGUUUCUCUGACUUGCUCACUAAUGCCUUGUGUGUGUUUUACUAACCUUUUCUACCAUGCUUUUAGGUAAGAAGGAACAAAACCCCUCAGGGGUUGCUAUUUGCUAUCACAUGCUGUGAAGGUUAAAAGGAAGAAGAGUGCACCUUUUUUUCUGUCUCUCUGCCCUUUUCUUGUCCCCCAGGCCUCCUGGAGGACUCCUGCAGAUUCUUAUGGGUGGAUGGGAAAUAACGUUGGCAUGUGUUUGCACAGUCUUAUGACGUUCAGUCUCAGCUUCCUAUAGGAAUUUUUGUUACUCUCGGAUACUACCCACCUGUUCAGACUGAAUAAAAUAUUUGUGGUGCUGUCAACCUGAUUCUUUGACUCUCAAGUGAUUUAUGUAUUCCAAUACCAAUGUUUGUGUUAUGAAUUUCUGAUUUCUCCAAUAGCAUAUGCCACUAUAUAAAUUUGUAUUAAUAAAUGACAGUGUGGUCGCG